AUGCCGUGCAUUCUGAAGGUCAGAAUAUCGGGCAUACGGGACUUCAACACUUUCGAAAAAUCAGAAGCGGAUUCGCUUAAAUAUGUCGAGGUGGAUAUUAACAGACACACGGAUGACCUGAACCUAUCCUUUCGGCUGGAAAUCGCCGACGACUCGGAGCUGCAGACCUGUCCGCUCAAGAUAACGAUCGACGACGUGGAAAACAUAAACAGCGGGUACAUCCAAAUAGACUUCAGCUUCUUCUACUUCCACGACAAUUUGAAGUUGGAGGGGUGGUUUCCCCUGUACGACUCCCUGGCCGGACUCAAAGGCGAACUGUACUGUACCAUAAAAUGGGAAUUCUUUGAGGAAAAAAAUCCCUACAAUGAUAACAGCGCAGAUGUCCUCCUCCUAGGCACGACGUCCUUCCCAAAAAACUCCCCCUACUACAUCGAACAAAUUAUAAACUUCGCUCACGAACUUAAGAUUGUAAACGAUCCUGAGUAUGACUGGAAGGACUUGAUAAGAUCCAACAGAAACUCGAAUGAGGCAAGAUGUGACGUCAUACAGAACUCCUUCAUGCAGACGAGGAAAAUUAUUGGGAAAAAGGCUAAACUGUUGGGCGGGAAUGCCAUUGUCGGUUAUCAAGAGCAUCUGAACUUGGAGGGAAGCACGACAAACAAAAUUUGCAUUCGCAUCAUAGGAACAGUCGUGAAGCUAGGAGUGAAAAAUAUGAACGAUCCAAACUACGCCAUCCCCGGGGAAAACAGAAACAUAAAAAAUAUUUUGCGCAACAAUGAACUCCUCAGGCAAAACAGCUUGGAAAAAAAUAAGGACAUGAAAUUGCACAAAAGGGAUAGCACUCUCCCGAACUCAACCUUCAAUUUUGUGGAUGUGAUUUUGCUUACCAUCGACUCGCUUCCAAACAGUGUGAAAUACACGUAUGGAGGACUUGUCGCCGCCAAGUCCGUCAAGGUUCUGCACCAACGGCUGACGGAGCAGCACCGAGACGAAUGGCUCCUCGAGAUAAGGGACGAAAUCAAAUCCAAUGCAACAUUUUUAUCUUGCAACGUCAUUUUGGGUUACAAAGAAGACACGUAUAUUUACAACGACGUGAUCAUUCUCUUUUGCUACGGCACGGCCAUAAGUGUGAUGCCCUCCUUUUUCCAAGAUGACAGAAUCGUUUCUUAUGUGAACAGCGAAAGGAAUAAGCACCAGUCGUUUAAGGGUGGGCCCUUAAAUGCGCACAGGAACUCUAGUUGCGUUUAUUUGCACUACGCGUCGGAUGACAUAGAGAGGAACACGGUCCUUUGCAGGUGGGUGAAACUAAGCGACUACACAGUAUGUAAUGAAGCCCCGGUUCCGAAGAUCCUCAUUUCGUCCUCGAGUGUACCACAAAACCUGGCCGUCAUUGGGAACGGCUUCCUCAUCUCUGCCUUCGUCGUGUACCCGCUGAAGAAGCACUACGGAGAGUACCUCGCCUCAGAGAUAAGCGAGAUCUUCCCCUUCCUGGAGCUGAACCUGCACAAGCAAAUAAUUUGCAAGCUUCUCGUGAACGGAUUCAACAGCAUCUUCGACUACAACCUGAAGUUAUGCUUUAACCAAAACUACCUAUUCGGUUAUUGCUGCGGAACGGGCAUGUGUAUGUAUGGAAUCUACUCAGAAAAUAAAUUUUUGAUAAAGUCAAACUACAAGGACAAUUUCUACAUCAGGAAUAAGAACAUCAGUGCAAGGGAGUUAAAAAUUAUUUAUGAUAAUUUAAAUUAUAGAUCAUUUUUUUGUAGAAACAAAAGCCUUCUAUCUCCUGUAUUCAUACAAGGGGAUAUGGUACACGAUAGUGAUGUUAGACUGGACCCUUCACAGAGUUACAAAAAUAAACUCAUGAACUCCAGCGUGAAGGAUAUGAUGGAACAAGCCUUUUCUGAGCAACUCACCAUAGAAUCCAUUAAUCAGAACCCUAACGGAGAUGAUCAAUCUACAAGUGAAAAAAUAAAAUGCAAUAACUAUUUCAGAUUGAGAGAAAUUUACUUAAAGGAGGAAGAGGAGCUACUGAAUUUUCCAAACGAAAGUGAUCACCUUAAGAGAGACAACGCCAUGGAGUAUACUCAAUUAGGUAUCAAAGAAAGGAAGAGAAUUAAAAAAAAAAAGGAGAAAAAAAAGCCAAAAGAGUAAAUGGCCAAAUCGAGUGAGGAGAAGAAAUUCUCUCAGAUCUUCUUCCCAUCAUCUCGCGCGCAGUUAAUGAGAACGUGCAACCGCUCCUUCGCUCUAGACAGGAGUGAAAACAGCCUCCCCUUUGACUGCGAGUUUAGGAAAGGAGGAACUCAGAACCACCCGAAAUACUUUUUCUACAUGUGCACGCUGGACCUCCUCCCCAGCAUAAGGUUCGAAACGUUUUACGAGCAGCAGGAUGGUCGAGCAGAAGAAAAUAAGGCAGCACCCACUUGGGUGGAAGCAAAUAAGACAGCAACCACUUGGGCGGAAGCAAAUAAGACAGAUGGGAACCCCGGAAAAGCAAACCAGCCGACUGCCCCCAGUGAGAGGAAGAGGGAGGUCCUCGUGGGGCACAGCCUACCCAGGGGCACCACGAACAACUACAUAGUGGACUCUAUCACCAAGUGUAUCACCAGCGGGGAAAGGCAAAGCGACUCCGAGGGAAACCAGUCCAGUGAGCUAAGGGAAGCAAACUUGGCGGGGCCCCUUCUGCACAAAGAACGAGACGAUCUGUUCACCGAUCAGUGCAGCGAUCAGUGCAGCGACCAGGGUAGUAAGCGUCCCGCCGAGAGGCGCGUCAACCUGGGUGCGAAUGAAUGUAGAAACCUCCACGGGGAGGUCCCUACUGACCAGCUUGUAGUCCCCCCAGGAGACAACCCCCCCGCCGAGCGCAAAACCCUGACGGAUGAAGAGGAAAGGAGGAAAAAAAAAACGAAAAAAAAAACAGAAAAAAAAAACAAAAAUAAAGGAAAACACACAUACUUGAAUAAUCUAUCAAAAAGUUACCUCUAUCUGAUUAAGAGGAUAAACCUGUUCAGCGAAAACAAUGAACAGGUAGAUGUAGUAUAUGAAAAAAUCAACAAAGCAUUCAAUGACCUUUACAAUGUCCUAAUAUUUUAUAUAUUCGCAAACAAGAUGUAUCCCUGUUGUAUAUACAGCAUCAAGUAUCACUUUGCGUUCAUAUCUGUGGACGUGUUGGAAAUUAUGCUUACAGGUCAUUUGGUUAAGAUAAAAAAUAACAACUCGAUAAGUCUGGAGUUGAAGAGCAUGAAUCGAUUGAUGCAGGAGAAUCUACUGAAGCAUUUUUUCAACUAUUUGGAAAAUUACUAUAUAGAAAAGUGGCAGCUUUUUUUAACUGCCCUGAGUUGUUGCCUCCCACGAAUGGAAACAAACCAGAAAUUCUCCUCAAUCAUAAUAACCCCACUAAACGUGCUGCCAAACGUUAUUAUAAAAAAAUAUUUUGGGAUAAUCUCCUUGCACAUUGUCAAGGAGAAUGUGAAUCUAAAGCAGUUUGAUGUUUUUUAUCAGAGCAUAAUAUCAGAUAUUUUAUUUAUUGCAAAAUCUCACAUUAAGGCCAUCGGGGCCAACUUAAUCUGCUCCUUUAAGAUUACCAAUUUGUUCAUGCGCGAGGAGAGAUCCCACGCCUACGCGCUGAUCAGCAUUUGCGGCGACGUCGCAAAAAUUUGA